AUGCCUCCCUCUACCAAGCCAAAGCUGCCGCAGCUCAAGACUCCCAUGACGUCGACCUUCCCCUCUGAACUGUCGGCAUUGUCUGCGCGAAGCCCUCUCCCUGGAUAUGCCGACUUCAUAAAACAGGAGGAGUACAUCAAGACCCCAAUUACUCCUCCCAUUGCGUAUACGGACUUCCUCAAGACCAUGGCGAGCCCUGUUGCUGGAGACAAGUUAUCCUCUGGACGAACGACGCCAACUUCAGCUCCUUCCACCGGCUCGAGUGAACACAGUGAUUGCUCAUGCAAUUGCGAAACUCACAAAUCACCAACCUCCGCCCUGCCAUCCGCUCAAUUCGUUUUCCCUUCUUCAGCUCCCUCGAUAGGACGGUUAGGACGAUUAAGGAUACCUCCGUCUCCAGCCUUCACUGGCGCGGAAUCUCCUAUGAGUGCCACCUCAGCUGUGAGGUCUCCCUUCAGCGCAAAAAGUGCGCGCUCGCCAUUCGACUGGGACUUCAAGAGUAAGGGAAGAUACUUUGAUAUCAAAUCCCCGAAAUCCACACGAUCGAGCGUUCGCCAAGUCAGAGAGAUUGUUACGCGGACGGUCACAUAUACACCACGGAUGAGCCCUGCGCCGAAAGGCAAGAGGAGGAAGAUAGAAUAA